AUGCCACGUAAGCUACGUAAGAAUAUACGUAAGAGGAAGAGAGCAUUGAAACAUCCAAUAGUAAAACUGACACCACAACAACAGUUGCAACAACAAAUGAUGAAUGACCCCACUAUGUUGCAACAAAUGUCAAGCAACCCUAUGCUUUUAAGCCGAGUUAUUGGUGCACAGAGUGGAGGUUUAAGAGCGGCACUUUUAGCGAAAAUGGCAGGCUAUGGUGGAGCUGCAGACGGAACAGCUUAUAACCCUCAAAGUCAAAUGAAUUUGAGUUCACUCAAAAAUCAAAUAACAGAUGUCAAAAAGUCAAACAUAGACAUACAGAAACAAAUAA